GAAUUUAUCAUUUGUUUUUAUGAUAUAUUUGUAAUAUAUCACAUUUCGUAGAUUUUAAAUUGUAAGGAAGUAAAAAGAGCAACAACGUUAUUUAAAUAUUGAGCGAAUUAUGUCAAGUAAAUUAAGCUGUUGACUCAAAUCCCGAACCAAGUGUGUAAUACUCAUAAUGUCGGAAUGUACGACCAAUCUCACUUGGUAUCUUGGAAAGUUUAUUAUCGGAUUUACCGGGAUAUUAUUUGUCUAUAUCAAUUUCUUGAAAGAAAAUAAGAAAUGCUGCGUGUGCAACACUAAAAUGAAAAAAUUGUUGCAGAAGAAGAAAAGUGAAAAACGGUCAAGUAGAUGCAAAUACAUGAUGGGGAUGCAAGAUAAACGUUAUUUAUGUGGAUGCAACAAGCCAAUGCAGUUAAUGUGGGACAACGAUAUGGUAUCGAUGAUUUCAAUUAAUAAUUUUAUCAAACAUAAAAAAUUUUGUCCGAGAAGUCGCUGCUGCACCAGAAGAAAUUCUUGUUAAAAAAGAGGAACAAUAAUGCGACAGCUCUUUACUCAAGAUGUUUUAUUUUCUAAAGAUGAGUCUCUUAUUUAGGAUGGAGCUUUUUUUUUACUAUUGGAAUUAUUUUCUUACAAUUCACUCAAU